CUCUGCCAAACACUGCCAGCUUCACCUCUGGACUUUUCGCCAUGACAACGUCAGCGAACCAGCCAAUCAGAGAGAAGAGAGAGUCACCGUGGCGAUGGCAUCAUCUACAGCUGAAACAGAUGACAGAUGUCAAACAGCAGGUCCUUUCGAAGAAAGAAAGGCUUGUGGGUUUUGAACAACAAGAACUAAAGGUGUAAAAUAAGACUGAAGAUCGUCAGGGAAACCCUUUGUCCACAUUCCAUCACCGUGGAGAAGCUCUCAGCCAAUCAGAGAGCAGCUCUCAUCUGCCGGAUGCUGAUUGGCCGGCGGCUGUAAAGCUGCUCUGUUGCUGAGUGCCGCUGGGUUCCGUGUGCAGCUCCAGGACGGCGUGCGGAUGCUGAUGUCUCUGGAUGAUGGUGACGUGCGGCCGGGUGUGUCUGUGUACGCGGUGCGAGUGUCCGGAGAGCCGCUCACACACACACUACUGUUCCAGCAAGCGGCCGACACGCACACACUUCCCGAACCGCUGCUGUUCAACGCCUCGUACCACGGCCUGCUGUACUCCAUCAGCCUGAUGACGGACGGCAGAACACACACCACCCGCAGCAUCAUCACACAGCCGCUUCCUCUAGUCAGUGUGGAGAUGUGGGAUUAUGCUCCGUCUCCAGAGACCGCUGUGGUGUUUCAGAUUCGCUCUCCUGACAGAAACAUCUUCACCAGAGUCAACAUCAGCUACACGGAGGGACACCAGCGCAGAUACAUGCUCUAUAAAGAUUUCCUCCAUGGUAAAACUGUGUUCAAGCACUGGUUGUCAGGUGUGUGUUACAGCAACAUCACCUUCCAGCUGAUCUCUGAAGCCUCAGUCAACAGGAGUGCUCUGCUGAGCCGCAGCGACAUUACCCAUGAUCCUCAGCAGCACCGCACCGUCCCGAACCCUCCUCUGAAUGUGUCCCUGAAGAUCCUCCAUCUCAGCGGGCGAGGGCCGCCAGGACCAGCGCUAACCGGAGCCAUUCUGCAGAAUUCCCACAAUGCAUCAGUGGUGCGGCGGGAGCGUGACCUGCCAGAGUAUGAAGAGCAGGAGCCGACCAGCGACACACUCAACACUGAGAGCAACCUCACACACACUCAACUGAACCAGUCUGAAUCUGAACCAGUCACAGCCGAACCCACACUGAACAGCAGCACACAGAGUCUGUGGGCAUGGCCGACAGUAAGCCCUGCCCCCACAGAGGAGGAGGAGGAGGGGUUUGUGAAUGCGCUGGUGCCAGAAUACGAGGACUCGAAUGAACCCGGGUCAGCACUGGGCAUCCCGUUGGAGCCCGGGGUGAUGCCUGCUGUGAUGCCCACGCCCCUGGCACCGGUCCUGCUGGAGCUACGCUGGUCUCCUCCCGCACCGCACACCGCUUAUGAUGCCUUCAACAUCUACAUCUACCGCAAUGGAAACUCCACAGAAACGGCGACGGUUGAUGAAAACACACACGAGUUCUUCGCCGAACUCUCCGAAUCUGGAACGUAUCGUGUUCAUAUCACAACACUUAGCUCUGCUGGAGACUGCGAAUCCCGAGAGAGUUCAGCCAACACCGCAUUCACCUUCUACCUCAGUCCGUCCGGCGAGUGGAUGGAGCAGCCGCAGGAGCGUCCGCAGGCCGUGAGUGUGAAGAUGUUGGACUCCAGCACGGCUGCGGUGUCUUGGGCUCCGUCCACACACACAUACAACGGCAGUCUGAUCUCAGUGCAGUCGCUCACGUGUCUGCGACCCAGCAUCAGCCAGCGCAUGGAGCUCAACUACUGCUCCGAGGAGAACAUCACCAGUGACAUCAUCAGCAGCCUGACCCCCGGCGCCCAGUACCGUGUGGUGGUUUACCACACUAAUGGGCCGCUGGUCAGCCCUGCUUCUGAACCCGUCAUCAUUGAUAUAGAGCCGACAGGUGUGCGUGAUCUGGUGGUGUAUCCUCUGAGUCCCAGCGCCGUCAUCCUGAGCUGGCAGAGGCCGUAUAACGUGGCUUUCCGGAAAUACGUCCUGCAGACCUUCUUCUUCAACUCCGCCACUCAGACGGCGCAGUGGAGCACGUACUACGAGAUCGCCGCCACCGCUUCUGUCAUCGCCUCUGUGAGAGUGACAGAUCUGCUGCCCGCCUGGUUCUACAACUUUCGUGUGACGAUGGUGACGUGGGGCGAUCCUCCGCUCAGCUGCUGCGACACCUCCACUGUCAGCUUCAUCACAGCUCCAGAAGCGCCACACAUCUCUGCAGUGGAGUUCUCUCAUGGAUCAGUGUUUGUGCGCUGGACGUACGGAGAUCUGUUCACGGAUCUCACACACUCGCGCAUGCUGCACUGGCAGGUGGUGGCGGAGGGCAAGAAGAGCGCCAGGAGACGAUUCUCUGUAGACGUGACCCGCAGUGUGAUGAAGGCGUCUCUGGCUCUCCCAGCGGGUGACAUCUAUAACCUGACGGUGACGGCCUGCACAGAGCGCAGCUGCAACACGUCUGCACCACACAUCAUGAAGCUCGACCCGGCUCCUCCACGCUCUCUGUACGCGGUGAACGCUAGCGACACGUCCGUCACGCUAAUCUGGGCGGAGGAGGGCGUGGUGGACCACUACCUGAUCACCUGCAGAGCCCUGGGAGCCCACGCAGAGCAGAAGAAGGUGCGUGAGCCGCUGGUGACCUCGGCUCAUGUUCUGACCGUGUCAGGUCUGCAGGCGUCCACAACCUACAACUGCAGUGUGAGGAGCAGCAGCUACAGCAGCUCCAGUGACCCGGUGCACAUCACCGUCAGCACUACAGUGCGUGAGAUGAACCCCAGUGUAGCCGCUAUCUCUGCGCUGGCGGUGCUCAGUGUUCUGCUCAUCAGUCUGCUGGUGCUGUUCCUGCUGGUGCUGCGCAAGAAACACAUGGAGCUCAGCAGGGAGUGUGGUGCUGAAACUUUCGUCAACUUCGCCUCGUUCGAGCGGGACGGGAAACUGCCAUAUAACUGGCGCAGGAGUCUCUUUGCGUUCCUCACGCUUCUGCCAUCCUGCCUUUGGACUGACUAUCUUUUGGCCUUUUAUAUUAAUCCAUGGAGCAAAACAGCACUCAAGAAGAGGAAACUGACCAGUCCGGUGCAGCUCAGUGAUUUCGAGGCCUACCUCAAAGACAUGGGCAAGGACUCAGCCUACAAGUUCUCCCUGCAGUUUGAGGAGCUAAAGAGUGUAGGUCUAGAUUUGUCCCAUGAAGCUGCUGAUCUGCCCAUCAACAGACCCAAGAACCGCUACACUAACAUCCUGCCCUAUGACUUCAGUCGAGUGAAGCUGAUCUCUCUGCACAAUGAUGAAGGCUCUGAUUACAUCAAUGCUAACUAUAUUCCCGGCUAUAACUCUCCGCAUGAGUACAUCGCCACGCAGGGCCCACUGCCCGACACCAGGAAUGACUUCUGGAAGAUGGUGCUGCAGCAGAAAGUGCACAUCAUCGUGAUGCUAACACAGUGCAAUGAGCGCCGCAGGGUGAAGUGUGACCACUACUGGCCGUUCAGUGAGGAGCCGGUGGCGUAUGGAGAGAUCAGUGUGGAGAUGCUGGCGGAGACGGACUCCCCCGAGUGGACCAUCAGGAGCUUCAGACUCGCAUACGCUGAUGAGACUCAGGACGUCCUGCACUUUAACUACACCUCGUGGCCGGAUCACGGAGUGCCGACGGUGAACGCCAUCGAGAGCAUCUUACAGUUCGUGCAGAUCGUCCGGCAGCAGGUCAACCGGAGCAAAGGACCCAUCGUGGUGCACUGCAGUGCUGGCGUGGGCCGCACCGGCACCUUCAUGGCUCUGGACCGGCUGAUGCAGCACAUUCAGGAGCACGAGUAUGUGGACGUGCUGGGGCUGGUGUCCGACAUGCGCUCGCACCGACUGUCCAUGGUGCAGACUGAGGAGCAGUACGUGUUCAUCCAUCAGUGUGUUCUGCUGAUGUGGAAGAAGAAGAAGCAGCUGUCACACACCAGUGACGUCAUCUACGAGAACGUCAGCAAGUCCUAAUGAAUUGUCAUCAGUGUUGAACACACACACACACUCGUGCUGGUCUCAGCGGAGCGGCUGUGUCUCAUUUACUCCUCAUUCAAGCUCUAUUAGUGGACAGAAGUGAUCCGAUGCCUUAACGAAGCUGCCUCGUUCUGCAGUGUGUGUGUGUGUGUGUGAGCGCCGGAGCUCUGCCAGCAUCUGCUCUGUGAUGUGUGUGUGUGUGUGUGUGUGUGUGUGUGUGUGUGAAUCUCAGGAUCAUCAGGACUGCGCUCGCUGUAGGCCGCUGUGAAGUGUGUGUUGUGAGUUGAGACUCUGUACUAGUGUUAGUGUUGACGUCUUCAGAGGAGCUUUGGUGUAAUGGAGCGCACGCGUGAGUGUGUGUGUGUGUGUGUGUGUGUGUGUGUAUACACGCUGCAUCACUGCCACACACACACACACACAAGGGAGUCCUGCACUGCUCAUCUGUGUAUCUGCACCGCUGUGAAAGCUUCUGUGUGUGUGUGUGUGUGUGUGUGUGUGUGUGUGUGUGUGUGUGUGUGUGUGUGUGUGUGUGUGUGUGUGUGUGUGUGUGCAUGUGUGCGUGCAUGCGAGUGUGUGUGUGUGUGUGUGUGUGUGUGGACUGUGCUGCUCCUCAGCCCGAUGCAGUCUCUCCACUCGUCCUCCUGCUGAGCGUCUGCAGACUGAAGGUUCGUCUCCUCUUUAGCUUUAGCCUCCAGUGUUGUUUUCACAUUAGCCUGUGGUGUCGAGCACACACACACACACACACACACACACACACACACAUGUGCGUGAGUUUACAGUCCACAGGCUGCUGUAAAUACCGGAGCGGAGCCGCCGUCUGCUCUCUGGACUCUCCUGUUCUUUGCUUUGUGUCUACCAGGUCGACCCGUCUGUCUUUGGUGCCAUUCUCUGUGUACUGUGUGAGUUCUAGUAGCCGAGCAAUCCACACCGCCAUCACAGUUCUCAUCUGUGUUUGUUUGGAGAUAAUAAAUGUGUCGAUUUGUAUUCUUAA